AUGAGUGAUAAGAAAUCAAGUGAUGAAAAUUCGUUUAACAUAGAAGAUAUAAAAACAAAAAAGAAAAAAAAAAAAAAAAACGUAGAAAUUUUCUAUGAAAAUGAAUUGGAAAUAUUUUCUCCCUGCAUAGAUGUUGAGGGUAAGUUAUGUGUUAUUUCAGAUAAAGGUGAUAUUUUUAGAUAUAAAUUAAUAAAUAUACAAAAAAAUCAAGAAACUAAUGAUUCUUCAUCAUCAUCAUCUGAAGAAGAAGAAUAUGUUGAUUCCAACGAUGGUGAAAGUAUAAGAGAAAAAAAAAAAAAAAAAAAAGAAGUAGAAGAAGAAAAAUAUCUUAGUAUUGAUUUUACAACCAAAUGCUUAUGCUCAGAUAAUGAUUUUAAUUUCUAUGUAUUCAAUCCUAUAACAAGAGGAUUAAUGAUAAUAGACAAAAAUAAGAAUAUUGAAUUGUAUACUGAUGAAUACGAAGAUAAAAGUUUUACAGAAGUUAACAAUUUAGUAUAUGAUAAAAAGAAUAACAACUUAUAUUUAAUAGACUCAGGUAAUAUCAAUGAAGAGAAUAAGAGUAGCUUAUAUUAUAUAAAUAAAGAUAUUGAAACAAUGCUAUCAAUAGAUUUAGAAAAUAUAUUUUAUGCCAAUAAUAUUUGUAUAUAUCAAAAGGAUAACAUAAAUUCUAUUUAUGUUUGCUUAACUAAAGAAAAUAAAAUUUUAAGAUUGAUAAAGAAGGGAAAUUCUUACAUAAAAAGUGUCUUUUUAUAUUUAAAUGGAUGUUACUCUCCCUUAUUUAUUUGUUCCAAUAAUACUAAUUUUGUUAUUUUACUAAAGGAUUUAAGUGAAUGCGAAAAAAAAGGAAAAAUAAUAGAAAUUAAUUCUAAUGCAGAAAUAAUUAAUUCCUUUUUUAUUAAAGGAAACAAGUUUAAUGGCAUAUGUUAUGAUUAUAAUAUAAAUAGAUAUUUUUUUAUAGAAAAAAAUAUUAUCUAUAUAUAUUAA